AUGGAAGAAUAUUAUCCCAUUUCCAGUACUUUAGAUUCUGACACCGCCCCCAUCGAAUUUGAAAUUAAAGGACAAGGAGAUCACUAUCUGGAUUUAUCUCAAACUUAUGUUCAAAUGGUAUGUAAAUUUACCAAAGACGAUGGAAGUAAUCUGACUGGGGCGAACAGCACUUCGAGUCCCGUGAAUAAUAUCUUACAUUCCAUGUUUACGGAAAUUGAUGUCAGUCUGAAUGGAAAAAUAGUAACUCCGGGGACGGAUACUUAUCCUUACAAGGCUUAUCUGGAGAAAUUAUUGUCUUACCGACCCAGAACUUUAAAGACACAGACCAGGGCCUGUAGUCUGUGGGAAAAAGAUACGGCAGGACAUAUGGACGAAGUGGGGAUAGAGGCUCUUGGUCUAGCUCAAAAUAAAACCUUUAAUGUAACUCCGGGUGCAAAUGGUGGUGCCGACACGGUGACCAUUAACGAACCCAUCCUCACAGCGUUACCGGCUAAUUCUAAAAACAAUCUAUUUUAA